AUGGCUGGGACAAAUAACACCUUGGUGACCGAGUUCUUCCUUAUCGCAUUCACUGAACAUCCCGAGUGGGGGCUGCCUCUCUUCCUGGUAUUUCUGAGUUUCUAUCUCAUCACUCUGGUGGGGAAUGCAGGAAUGAUCAUCCUGAUCCACAGAGAUUGCCGGCUCCACACGCCCAUGUACUUCUUCCUCGGUCACCUUUCUUUUGUGGACCUCUGCUACUCCUCUGUCAUCGUUCCUCAGAUGCUGGCAGUGCUGUGGGAACACGGCACAGUCAUCUCCCAGGCUCGCUGUGCAGCUCAGUUCUUCCUGUUCACCUUCUUUGCUUCCAUUGACUGCUACCUCUUGGCCAUCAUGGCCUAUGAUCGCUACGUGGCUGUGUGCCAGCCCCUGGUGUAUGUGACCAUUGUGACAGAGAGGGCUCGCUGGGGUUUAGUAACUGGAGCUUACGUGGCUGGCUUUUCCAGUGCCUUUGUUCGCACGGUCACAGCCUUCACGCUCUCAUUUUGUGGAAGCAAUAAGAUUGACUUCAUCUUCUGUGAUCUCCCCCCUCUGCUAAAACUUACAUGUGGGGACAGCUACACCCAGGAAGUGGUGAUCAUUGUGUUUGCCAUUUUUGUCAUGCCAGCUUGCAUCUUGGUGAUCUUGGUAUCCUAUCUGUUUAUUGUCAUGGCCAUCAUGCAGAUCCGCUCUGCUGGGGGCCGGGCCAAGACCUUCUCCACCUGUGCCUCUCACCUCACUGCUGUUGCGCUCUUCUUUGGCACUCUUAUCUUCAUGUACCUGAGAGAUAACUCAGGCCAGUCCUCAGAAGGAGACCGAGUGGUGUCUGUGCUCUACACCGUGGUGACCCCAAUGCUGAACCCCUUUAUCUAUAGCCUGAGGAACAAGGAGGUGAAGGAAGCUGUCAUGAAAUCCCUGAGCAGAUCAAAGCCUUUUGGAACAGUGUAA